AAAAGAUAUUAUACUUGCGUCAUAAAUAUUGUGUAUCCAUGGUAGAUAAAUUUAUUGUAUGUAUCUUCAAUAUUAACAAGAAAAAUCUAGAAAAUUCAAAUACAUUUUACCCCAUAAAACAUUAUUGUGCGAUCUGUGUUAAUUCACUUCACGAUGUCAGAAAGUAAAAACGAUAAAUCAAAAAUUGAUUUAGGAUUAUUAGAAGAGGAUGAUGAAUUUGAAGAAUUCCCUGCAGAAGAUUGGACUGCAGUAGAUGAAGACAAUGAGGAUAUCAGUGUUUGGGAAGAUAACUGGGAUGAUGAUGAUGUAGAAGACGACUUUAAUCAGCAAUUAAGAGCACAAUUAGAGAAACAAAAGGCUCAAAACAAAGGAAAGGAAUCAUAAUGAAAUUAUAAAUUAAAUAUUAUUAUUCAUAAAUAUAUAUUAACUUAUUAAGAUUUCAUAUACAUUUAAAUUUCAUUUGAUAUAUAUUGAUAGACUUUUAUUAAUUGAGAAAUAUAAUAAUUUUUCAUAAAUAUUUGUACAAAACUUAAACAUUAAAUAUAAAUGUACAAUUUAAAUGCAUAUAGUACCUAAUAUACAUGAAGUAUAUCAUACAACUCAUAAGAGUCUUGUAUUAAUGAAAAAAAUACUUGGCAUCUUUAGUAUAAAUAUGUAAUCAGGUACACAGUC